GCUGCACACCCAGAGGGAGGGAAGGACAAGGCGUCAGGAGGGAGAAGGGAAGAGAGGAGGGCACACGGAGGAAGAGAAACGGCAACAAGAAGUAGACUUGGGCGGGAGGAAGGCACUCGGGAGAGACAGAGGGGGCUGAGCAGAGAUGAAGUUGCAGGGGUCCCUGGCCUGCCUCCUGCUGGCCCUGUGCCUGGGCAGUGGGGAGGCUGGCCCGCUGCAGGGUGGAGGGGGGGGCGCUGAAACAAGCGUUGGGGAGGCCAUUGGGCACGGAGUGGGAGAUGCCCUUAGCCAGGGGCUUGGACAGGCCAUUGGCGAAAAGGCCGGAGGGGCAGUUGGCUCUGGAGUCAGGGAGGCCACAGGCAACGGUGCGGCAGAUACUUUGGGCAAUAAGCUCGGGGAAGCAGCCCAUUCUCUUGCAAACAGUGGGAGUGAGGCUGGCAGGCAGGCUGGGAAUGUCCUUGAACACGGAGCAGAUGCUGCCCACAGCUCCUGGCAGGGGGUGCCAGGCAGUAACGGUGCUUGGGGAACGUCUGGAGGCCAUGGGAUGGGCAAUCCUGGAGGUUCAGGGACUCCCUGGGGACAUGGGUACCCCGGAGGCCCAGCAGGCAACUUUGGAAACAAUGUUCAUGGAGGAUCCUGGGGUCAAGGAGGCAACGGAGUGACACCAAAGUUUGGGACCAAUGCUCAGGGAGCCGUGGCCCAGCCUGGUUAUGAUUCAACGAGAGGCAGCAGCUCAAAUACUGGGUGCACCAACCCCCCACCGUCCGGAUCAGGAGGAAGCUCCAGCAACUCUGGGGGAAGCAGCAGCUCUCAGUCAGGCAGUGACAGUGGCAGUGGUGGCAGCAGCAGCAGUGGCAGUGGUGGCAGCAGCAGCAGUGGCAGUGGUGGCAGCAGCAGCAGUGGCAGGGGUGGCAGCAGCAGCAGUGGCAGUUCUGGGAGCAACUGGGGCUCCAGUAGCGGCUCCUCCUCCGGCAGCGGCAGCGGCGGUGGAAAUAAAGCCGAGUGUGACAACCCUGGCAAUGAAGUCCGCGGGGCCGGAGGGUCUGGGGGUCAGGACCUCAGAGGAGGACAGGGAGGCUCCGGUGGCUUCGGUGACACGAGGGGAAUGAGCAGAGAGAGCAGUCACCUCCCGGGGGGCUCCCAAGGCGGUCAACAGGGGCAAGGGUCCCGUGGGGACAGUGUAAGAGGUGAAGCUGUCAAUGGAGUCAAUACUGUGAACUCUGAGAUGUCUUCUGGGCCCUUCAACUUCGACACUUUCUGGAAGAAUUUUAAAUCCAAGCUGGGUUUCAUUAACUGGGAUGCCAUAAGCAAGCACCAAAUCCCGCCCCCCAGCACGCGAGCCCUCCUCUACUUCCGCCGGCUCUGGGAGGAUUUCAAAAGCAACACUCCUUUCUUCAACUGGAAAACAAUUAUUGAGGGUGCAGACGCGUCGUCGUCGCUACAGAAGAGGGCGGGCGGCGCUGAUCAGCCUGGCGGAGGAUGGCAAGAUGCGUCAGCUUCUAAGAACUACAAUUAUAACCAGCAGGUGUACCCUACUGGCUACGGGUGGCAGUACACACCCAAGGCCCCUGCUAAGGGAGGAGUCACGGCUACUUCCUCGGCUUCCCGGGCCCAACCCAGCCUGCUGCACUGGUUGAAGUUUUGGUAGAAAACUAUUCCCCAUCGUGACUGAGGCCUGGAAACACAGGUCGUCAGGAGCCUGACGGCCCCCCCAACCCCCAGCGCUCCCACCCCGUGCCAGCCCUGGUCUGGGUGCUGACACCUCCACGUUCUAGGCUGGGGACCGGGUCUGUCUGCUCCUUGUUUCCUCCCACUGCACUGUGGUGUCCCGCGACCACCAGCCUCUGGGUAAACCAGCCACUUCCUACCCACUCCGUCUUGUGACCCGAAGUCACUGACGGUUCUUCGGGUGGAGCUGCCUGCUUUUGAGUUUCUCUGUGGAAAUAAAACAUGACUCUUGUUUCCCUAA